AUCUGCUUCCGACAUACGCUAUUAAUGAAAUUAUAGGAUAUUUAUUCAAAUAAUGAGUUCUCUCUAGACUUACCAUUAUACUACACAAUGUAUAAUAGCGAUUGAUCCGUACCAGUUGGAGUGGGGACACACCGCAUGUGGGGGUUGCACUUGGAGAAACGGACGAUGCUCUCUUAUUUCUUUCUCAACUAGAGUACGGAACAAGUGUGCUGAGACUGAUGUCUAUUUUCUUACGUUUUUAAAAUUAUUUCCAAAUGAUAAUCACAUCUACUGUAAGCCCAGCUCUAAGAGCUGGCCUUCAUUUUCUUGGCAUGUGGCCGAGUGAUUCGUCUACUAUUCAUUGGCUGAGUUUUAUGCUGAGCAUGUUGAUUGUACAAUACUUCCAAUAUGUGUAUACAUUUGGUCACUUGAAGAUGAGUGAGUUGUCAAAUCUCGUCGACUGUCUGAUAGUGUCUCUAGAUUAUAGUUUGACGUUAUUCAAAAUGGCCAGUUUGUGGAUACAUCGUCGAAUUUUUCAUAAAAUCCUGGCCGAUAUGGAUAAUGAUUGGCGCGAGUGCAUCAAUAUCCAUCAGCAUUUACAUAUGAUGACAAUCAAAGCUAAUAUAUCGCAUUUCAUCUCUAAUACUUUAAUAAGUUUUAAUGGAAUUGUUGCAGUCCUUUACCUUUUAGGCGACUACGUAAUUCAUUCCGUAUUCUUAACUACAGAUUACAAUGACACAUUACGACAGCUUCCUAUAAAGAUACAAUUGCCCUUUGAAACACAACAAUCGCCGAUAUUCGAAUGUCUCGUUGUAACAUUGGUUUUACAUGUGACAAUGCAUGCAUGUACAAUCGCUAUUCUAAAUGCAUUAAUCUUGACUGUGGUGUUUCACGUAAGCGGACAAAUUGAUAUAAUGUGUCAUGAAUUUAAAAAUAUUUCUAAGAGUGCUCUUCAUAAAUCUUCCGAAAACUUAUUUGGAAUGCUGAUAGAGAGGCAUAAUAGAAUUAUUUUGUUUUCCAAGAACAUUGAAUCGCUUUUCUCUUUCAUUGCUUUGAUGCAAGUUGUUUGGAAUACGUUAGUUAUUUGUUGUCUAGGAUUUGUCGUUAUAAUUUCUAUUCAUAACGAAGCUGGAGUUUUCGUGAUAGUCAAAACUGUCUCUGGUUACUUUGUUGUAAUGACUGAAGCCUUUGUCAUUUGCUUUGCCGGAGAAUAUCUUAGCUUGAAGAGUAAAUUAAUUGGCAACGCGAUAUAUGAAACGAUGUGGUAUGAUAUGCCGGCAGAUCAAAGUAAAAUUAUAGUAUUCAUAAUAAUGAGAUGUCAGAAGCAAUUAACAAUUACAGCAGGAAAGAUGAUGGAUAUGUCAUUCGGAACUUUUACAAGUAUUAUGAAGGCAUCAGCAUCGUAUAUAUCAGUUUUGAAUGCUGUGUAUUAAAAUAAAGAAAAUCGCGCUAUACACAUUUGCCAAAAGGAUAACAUAAUUAAUGUCAACCAUUAAGUUAAAAUAUACUGACAAUGAAAAAAUGAAUAAAUGUC